AUUUCAAAUAGUGUAAUGUUUAGUUUUGUGAAAAGUGACAUUGAACGAUGUUUUGGUGUUCAUAAUAAGAUAUCCUUGAGAUGCAGUAAGCAACACGUAAGCCUCGACAUUCGCAAUGUCAACCUUCCACUUUCACAUGACCUGACAAUACGAGAUGAGGUCGUUGUUAUUGUUAGCGGUGCUGUGCUGCUUAGCGUUGUCAGCAUGGGCGAGUCCCAUCGGCAGGCCGGAAGAUGACAAAGAAGUAGGUCGUCAGGCUGCGCCCGCGGCCGCUGCGCCUGCGGCUUCCACAGACGAUGACGACGACGAUGAUGAUGAUGACGAUGACGAUGAUGACCUUGGUGGAUUAGGAGAUGACGACGAUGACGACGAUGAGGACGAUGAUGACGAUGAAGAAGAAGCUGACGAUGAUGAUGAUGACUAUUUGGAAAGGUUCUUCGACGACAUCUUAGGAGGAGGAGAGGACGAUGAUGAUGACGAUGACGAGCCUGCAGCCGUGCAGCCGGUGGUCGCGCCAGCCGACACGGUGGCCGCCGCACCCGCUGCUCCGGCUGUUGUACCUGCUGCUGCUGAGGAAGUAUCUACACUUGCUGAAGAAGCCGAAUCCGCAGAGGGAGAGGCUGUCGCAGAAGGCGAAGAACUCGAAGCUGGACAAAAGGAACCCGCUAGUGCUGAAGUCGAAAGCCAAGCCAGCGCCGAGGUAGCCGCGCCCGAAAGCGAUGCCGAAGACGAUGAUGAUGAAGAGGAGGAUGACAUCACUGAUGCGCUUGACCCUGAGGACGAUGACGACGAUGAUGAGGAAGAAGAAGACGACGACGAUGAGGAUGACGACAUAACCGACGCCCUCGGCAGAAACAUCUCGAAGCACUCACGUGCACUGAAAGAGGAACCAGAGAAACAACCAACCGUACCAGCAGCUUACAUUGUCAAGUAUAAUAGAUUCGUUGAUAAUAUACUUGAGAAAAUGAAUGAUAUCCUAAGACGAUCAUACGACCCUGUUAAUGUUAAACUUCAACCUAUCGAUGCUAAGAAGAAGAACUCUAAACCAAAGAAGGAUAAGACUAAGACCAAGUCAAAGAAGAAAUCUAGCAGCAAGAAGAAACAAACUAAACGGGCUGGAAAUACUCCUGUAACCGAAAAUAAAGUAGUUGAAGGUCUAACGAAAACGAAUGAAAUUAACGAUGCACCUUUAAUUGAAUCUAAGAUUGUAGAUAUUGUAAAGAAAUCCGAGGAACAAACCGAAACAAGGGUUUUGAAAGACAAAUCUGUUACUCCAAAUGGAAAAGCUAAACCUACUACAACAAGACCGAAGCCUCCUACUAAAGCAACAAAACCGAAACCAAAACCUCCAGUAAAAACAACUACAAAGAAACCGGUAAACAAGAAUAAAACUAAAACGAGUGAGAAAAGUAAGCCAAGAGCUAAAGGGACUUUGUAUGGAUUGUCGUCGUUAAGGAGAAAUGGUGACGUGGCUGUUAAUAUUUUGUCGGAUCACACAACUGUGAAGAGUAACUUUGCCGUUGGACCUCUCGUUCUAAGGGUAGAGAAAGAGAUUGGACGCGGAGCUAAAAAAGAAAUCAAAUCUGCAACAGCUACUACUGCAGAAAUGACAGGAAAAAUUACAUUAAGAGUCAACAACCAAGGUGUUGCUACAUUGCAUUCGAUAAAAGUAUUGCAGCCUAAACAGGUUCGAGUGGACAGCAAUCACGAACGUACUCGAGAAUUAGUUUGGCAACGAAGUGCUCGCAUAGCCCAUGUCGUAUCAGAGAAAUUAAUGUCAGCAUCUAAACCUAUGUUUUACCAUUAAACGUUGGGUUAUGAAAAAUAAAUUACGAAGACUAUAAAAUUAUUGAAAAUGUAAAGAUUGUAGACUAGUUCGAUAACGUAAUUGGUAAUGGUAUAUUAAAAAAUAAUUUUACCUUAUAAUUAUAGUGUGUCUAUUUAAGAUUAGUUUGACAAGAGACGCCUAUAAAGUGUCGAAUUAAUUUUGUAUUACGAUUAAUGCUGUACUUUAUGGUCGGUUAUCAUAGUAUCGGACCGUAGUGCAUGACGAAGAACUAUGCACUAUCGAGUGUUGGUCUUGUAAGAAUAAUUUAUAACAUUAAUCAAACAAAUAAUUACUGUAAUUUAGCUGUUAUAUUACUUUUUGAAAUUAUAAUAGAUAUCAUUUGGCUGUCUCGCACAAUUAACUCAAAAAAAAAACAUUAAAAAUAUUUCUUUUUGUUUGUCAACAUCUCAAUUUUUGGUUUCGAUUGCAAGUUCUAUUAGACAUCGAAAAAAUUCUUAAUCGAUUUUACUCAACCCAUAUCUAGUGAAUUGUCAAACUAAUCUAUCUUAAAUAGACACCCUCUAUAUGGGAAUAUUCGAACUGGUUUAUAUUAAAAUUUUUAAUCUGAAACUUAUAGGAUGUUUUGAUUCGGAUCAUUUUACUCUUCAACGUAGCUACAAAAAUGGUUGCUAUUUAUGGUAAAGAGAAAGUAUUUUUAGUGUUUGCAAUUUUUCGAUAGUCAUAAUAUAGUCAUGAAAAUGCAUUUAUAAUUGUAAUUAAAUGGUGCUAAGAUAAUUUAAGUUAUAUUUUAUUAUUUAAU